AUGAUCCUAAAAAUGAAGAUUAGAUAUGUCUUGGUAAAUUUGCUUUAAAUAUAUUGUAGCCUGUGAUUCAACUUUUUUAAAUUGUUUUGGUCCAACAAAUUUAUAAUGUACUCAAUGUAAAGAUGAAAAUAUUUCAAACAGGAUUUUAAUUAAUAAUUCUUGUCCUUGUAAAAUUCGAUUUGGAGAUAUCGAAAUAAUAGAUUCGAAUUGUGGAAGUAUUAAUUAUAUAACAUUUUAGGAUGUCAUCGAAAAUGUUAAACAUUUUACUAAGCUGCUGAUUAGACUAACAAUUAAUAUUGUCUAACUUGCAUUCCAGGAUAAAAUAGUGUAGUUUCUAAUUAAUCCCAUUGCGAUUGCAUGGAAAAUUAUGGUGAAUUUAACGGUACCUCAGAAAUAUGCAUAAGUAUCUUACUAUAAAUUAUAUAUAGUGUGUAAUUAUACAUGUUGGAUCUGUAAUGACUUUGGGCCCACACAUUGUACAUUUUGUUUGGAACGAUCUCAUAGAUACUUGAAAACUUAAGGAGAAUGCUUAUGUAAAACCUUAUUUUUUUGAUGAUUAAACAAAUAAUAUACAGUGUUUAAGUAAUAAUAAAUAAAAUCUAAUUAAUAGGAUGCCAUUAUUCAUGUGUAUUAUGUUCAAACAGCAUUGAAAAGGAUACAUGUUUAUAAUGCCCUGAAACUAGGUAACCAAGUGAUCCAUAAGCCAUCUAAUGUGAAUGCGUAUGUUCAUCUUCAAACUAUUUUGAUGAUGGGUUCUCAUUGGAUUGUCAAUAAUGCGAUUGGACUUGUCAAACUUGCUAUGGUCCUUAUUCAUCUAAUUGUCUGACAUGCGAUUUAACGUAUAGACAAUUAGUUUAAUCUUCUUUUGUAUGUUCAAUUGGGUAUUAUGAGAUUGGAUAAUUAGAAUGUGCAAGUAGUUAUAAUAAAUAUCAAAAGAAUGCUACUAUUCUUGUUAAUAAUGUUUCGAUAAUGCUGAAGAAGAUUGUAUUGUUUGUUCUUUAGACCUUCAUUUUAGGCAGUUAAAAGGUAAUACUUGUAAAUGCAUUGAUGGAUAUCAGGAACAACCAGGACUUGCUUAGUGUAAAAGUAAUUAUUUAUUAUUUAUGGUCUAUUAGAAUGUUCAUACAAAGCUUGUUCUGGCUUGGAUGAAAAUAAUUGUUUCACUUGUGAUUUUUUGCAAAUAGAGAAUUAAAAGAAAAUGAAUGCAAAUGUUAAUUACAUUAUUUUGAAUUGGAAGUUUAGGAAUGCACAAGUAAUUUUAGAUGUAGAUUCUAUUUUGUAGUGCAUUCUGUUAUAAACAGUUUUGAUAAUUGUACUUCAUGCAACAAUGAUAGAUAUUUAGUUGGAAGUACAUGUAGAUGCAUUACUAAAUUUGAUGGAGCUGCAAUAAGUACAUUUGAUUAUAAUGGAUUGGUUGAAUGUUAAAGUAUAUAAUAAAACUAAUCUUUAGAAUGUCAUCAUUCAUGUGGAACAUGUGCAGGAAUAGAUGAAGGAAAUUGCCUCACUUGCAUAGAUUCUGAUAAUAGAUACUAAGUAGGAAAUACAUGUAUUUGUAAAGAAGGACAUUUUGAUGCAGGAUUACCUGUUUGUUAAAGUAUUAAGAGAUUUUAAUCAAUAGAAUGCAGUUACAAAUGUAAAGAAUGCAAUAGGCUGCCUGAAAGUUGAACUUCUUGUUUGGAUAACGGGUUUAGAUAAUUUAUGUCGAGUUUUAAUAGAUGCUAAUGCAUUUAAAGAUAUUAUGAUGAUGGAUAAAAUGAAGUUUGUUAAAGUAUUUUAAUUUCAAUUAUUUUAGGAUGUCAUUACACAUGUUUCGGUUGUAGUAAAAUUGAUACUAAAUGCGAACUCUUUUAUUUUGAGCCAAAUAGAAUUUAUAAUGAUCAAAACCUUUUUUGUGAUUGUGAUCUUGGAUAUUAUGAUAAUGGAUUUGAAAAUUGUCAUAAAUGCCAUUAUUCUUGUUUAAGUUGUAAUUCUGGAAAUGCUAAUUCCUGCAUUUCAUAUGUAGCUAUGAGCAAUUCAAAUAGAGUCUUUAUAGUAAUACUUGUAAAUGUUUAUUUGGAUA